AUGAAUUGGUUUUUCUAUAUGCAGCUGAAAAUGGCGACACGAAGGACUAGGGAGAAGUCGACGACUGCGGAGACCGAGUCUGCAGUGUUUCUCUGAAACAGGAUAAUUAUGUAAACAUAAUGCAAGAAGUGGAUGCAACACCAGUACAGUGCUCACGUCUUCCAUAGUGUAGGAGUUUGCAUCUAGGAGCGUUAUAAAAUAGACUUAUCAUCAUGGUGCUCAAGAAAAGAAAACAGAGUACGACGAGACUCGGUGAUGACAUAGCUAUCGCCGACUACGGUGCGGACGAAAACAUCACCGACAACGCCAAGAUCCAAUGGGUCAACCAGCCAUGGGUACGCAAGCUUCUCCGAGGAGCCGCCAUGGUCAGCUUCAUCUCGCUCUGCUUCAACACACCGAAGACCUUCGAGAAGAUCCCCUCCAUGGAAUACAUGACGCUGGUGGUCGACUCGGUCGUCACUCUCCUCUUCUUCUCGGAGACGAUCUUCAAGAUGACCACGAGAGGGAUAAUCUUUGGGGAAUAUGCUUACCUUCGUGAUAACUGGGGAAGAUUUGAUACUUCUAUGGUUCUGUCAUUGUGGGUCUCCAUCCUCCUACAGAUAUGCCAGAUUGCGAACGUGGUGCCAAAGUAUACGCCUUACACCAUCCUACGAGCACCGAGACCAUUCAUCAUGAUCAGAUCCUUCAGGGUCUAUCUCAAGUUCAAACUACCCAAGGCUAGAGUCAAAUCAAUCUUCAAGCGGUCUGGUCAGCAAGUUUGGAGUGUCACCAUUUUCUUGGUGUUUUUCUUGGUGCUGUAUGGAAUGCUCGGCGUUCAGAUGUUUGGGGAUCUCUCUACACAUUGCGUCAAGAAGGAAAUAGACAAUCAGACUUUCAGUGCAGUGGAUUUUGAUGUCAACUACCUAGCCAUCCCGGACACUCACUGCAACUUAGAGAAGGAGAAAGGUGAACAGUGUCCGUACGGGAUGGUGUGCAGGAUAAUCAGCCUGACCCCAGCCGUCAAAGGUUACAAUAGCUUUCAACACAUAGGUGUGAGUAUCUUCACAGUAUAUGAGAGUGCCUCUCUGGAAGGAUGGGUUUUCAUCAUGUACAAAGUGACAGACAGUUUCCCAUCGUGGAGGGGAUAUUUCUUCUUCAUCACAAUGAUCUUCUUCCUAGCCUGGCUUGUGAAGAAUGUUUUCAUAGCCGUUAUCAUUGAGACCUUUGCUGAGAUCCGUGUUCAGUUUCGUCAGAUGUGGACGAGAGGUGGGGCUGCUCAGUCUUUUGAUUCCAAGGUAGAGGUCUUACAAGACGACGGAACCUACACGCCCUGGAAGCUAACCAUCGUGGAUGAGAACAACAGUCGCGGUCCCGCCCCCAUGUGCUGUCAGAGAGUGUUGGAAUCUCGUUCCUGUCACUUUUUCAUCCUGGGUAUGGUGGCCAUUGAUGCAGUCUUGGCAUCGACCUACAACAUGUUCUAUCCGGAUAACGAAGACCUCAAGAACAGAUAUCAUAAGGGGCUCUAUAUAGCACAGGUUGGAUUCACUUUGCUGUUUGACGUUGAGGUCCUGUUCAAGGUUUGGUGUCUUGGUUUCCGUGGUUACUUCAAGAGGUCUCUUCAUAAGUUUGAGCUCUGUCUUGCCAUCGGGAACUCUAUCCGCAUCAUGGAUCCUGAGAGACUAUACUCCUCUCAGCUGGCUUAUUUUCAGGUUAUGCGCUGUUUCCGUCUCAUAAAGCUGUCACCUACUCUUGAAGACUUCAGCAGAAAGAUCUUUGGACCAUUCAUCAAGUUAGGAACCCUCAUCCUGUUCACAAUGAGUUCACUCAUCUUAGUCUCCGUCAUCAGUCUGCAACUCUUCUGCUACGUCGAGGAUCUCAAACAGUUUGAUACAUUCCCUACGGCCUUCAUGUCCAUGUUCCAAAUCCUGACUCAAAAGGGUUGGGCUAUCGUCAUGUAUGAGUGUAUGCUGGCGGCAGACAACAACGCAUUGGCCCCUGUUAUUGCCAUCUACUUCAUUGCAUACCAUCUGUUUGCUACUGUGAUUGUGCUCAGUUUGUUCGUUGCUGUCAUCUUGGACAACUUGGAGCUCGGAGAAGACUUCAAAGGAAUGAAACAGAUGAAAGCAUCAGAAAAAAAUACAGCGGCUAAGGUCUUGCCGCGGAGGCUCAGGGUAUUUCAAAAGUUCCCUGAUAAGCCUCAGAUGGUCAUGCUCUCCAAGAUCCCUUCAGAGUUUACAUUACCGAAGAUACGAGAUAGCUUCAUACGACAAUUUGUAGAGACAGGAACGGACAUGGAACGCUUGCUGAAAAGAUCUGCUAACAGAGAGAGCAGUGGUACCUUAUUAGCUUUAGCACUUCCUCCAGCCACAUACGCCUGCCCGACAUCACCGCUAUACCUGAUGAGCAGAAGACUACCAGCGUUCACGACACAGAUACAAGGAAAGCUACAGAAGAAGACAGGUGUUAACUGUAUUGUCAGAGAUUCAGCUCACCAGCGAGUCGUUAGCCUCGGCUUCAGUGCAGUGGGCGUCCGGGGCCGGAUGCUGAGUGAAUACGGGAGCCGUGAUAGGCGCUUGCGGGCAUUGAGAGGUUCCAUCAGGGGGCACAAGCCCAUGGAAUCCAUCAAAGACAACAGUGACAUCGCCAACAGGAAUGUGUCCUUCAACAUCAAGGUCAUUCAAGAGAGAAAACAGCAAGCUGUACAGAAAAGGAAUGCCAAAGAAGAGGAUCUGAGAGAGAACCAUCCGUACUUUGAUAUGCCCCUCUUUGCUGUCGGACGGGAGAGUAAGUUGAGGAAAUUCUGUACGGGAAUCGUCUAUGCUAGAUACAACGCUACCCAUACUGAUGAGUCAGGCAUGGUCAUCAAGAGGAGAUAUCAGGAGAUCCAUGAUUUUGUGGCGAUGGUGACGUACAUGACUUGGUGUUCCAUCGUGGUGACUACUGCAACCUGUAUCUCUAUGAUGUACGAGAGUCCAGUUAACAGAGUGAUGGAUAAUAAAGUGCUUGUCAUCGCAGAAUAUAUCUUUGUCAUUUUCAUGGGAUCAGAGAUGAUUUUAAAGAUUCUAGCUGAUGGUCUGUUCUUCACACCUAAAGCUCUGAUACGAGAUGUUGGAGGGUUCUUGGAUGUGUUCAUCUAUCUCAUCAGUGUUAUCUUCCUCUUUUGGAUGCCUAAGAACGUACAGCCUGCCUCUCUAGCUCAUGUAUUUCUUGUACUCCGAUGCUGUCGUCCACUACGCAUCUUUGCUCUCGUUCCCCAUCUUCGGAAGUUGUUCUACGAGCUCCUGCGUAGCUUCAAAGAAAUCUUCCUUGUCUCGGUUCUUCUCCUUGCUCUCAUCUUUGUCUUUGCCAGCUAUGGUGUUCAGAUCUUUGCAACCAGAUUGGCCAAGUGUAAUGACCCCAACAUUACAGAAGAGCGUGACUGUGUUGGAGAAUUCCGGAUCAUGGUGAGUGUGGUGAAGACGCACAAACCCAGAUCACCAGAAGACGAACUCCCUACUUUCUUGGUUCCUAGAGUUUGGGCCAACCCACGCAACUUUAAUUUUGACAACUUGGGUAACGCCCUAUUGGCAUUGUUUGAAGUGCUCUCUUUAGAAGGAUGGUUGGAGGUUAGAGACAUCAUCAUUAAUCAGACCAACAUGUGGCAUACGUUGUACAUACACAUCUUUGUCUUCAUUGGCUGUAUGAUUGGACUUACUCUCUUCGUUGGUGUGGUCAUCUCAAACUACUUUGAAAACAAGGGAACCACUCUGCUAACCAUCGACCAGAGAAGAUGGCAGGAUCUUAAAGGAAGACUUCAACUUGCCCAACCUCUUCAUUUGCCACCAAGACCUGAUCGUUCUCGUUUCCGUGCCAAGCUGUAUGACCUGUCACAGCACAAGUACUUCAAGCGAUUCAUUGCAUUCUUGGUUCUGGUCAACUUCUUUCUUCUCUCAUCCAAGUGGGAGGAUGAUGAAACAGCCACGGUCCUAGCCUACAUCUCGGUUGUCCUCACUCUCAUGUUCGUCCUGGAAGUCAUCUUAAAGUGCAUCUCAUUGAGCCCUAUUGGAUACUGGCAUAGCAGACGUAAUAGAUAUGAUCUCCUGGUCACUUUGAUGGGCGUGGCUUGGCUUAUUCUUCACUUCACCAAUAUGAAUAAUACCAGCUUUGCGUUUGGAGCAGCAACAGUUCUCUUCCGAUUCUUCACCAUCACAGGCAAACAUCCCACACUGAAGAUGCUGAUGAUGACGAUCGUGGUGUCCUGCGGGAAGUCUUUCUUCAUCAUCGUCGGGCUGUUCCUCCUGAUCACCUUCUAUGCUUUCCUCGGUGUCGUCCUCUUCGGCAAGGUCAAGUAUGGGGAACACUUGGGCAGACAUGCUAACUUUGAGAAUGCCCCCAAUGCCAUGGCAACACUGUUCAGGAUUGUGACUGGUGAAGACUGGAAUAAGAUCAUGCAUGACUGUAUGAUAAGUGAGCCCCAUUGCAGUAAGAGAGGAGAGAAUUAUUGGGAGACCGAUUGCGGCAACAGCAUUGCAUCCAUGGUCUACUUUUGUUCUUUCUAUGUCCUCAUAGCUUACAUCGUUAUCAAUCUUCUUGUUGGUAUCAUCAUGGAGAAUUUCUCUCUCUUCUACUCUAACGAGGAAGAUGCUUUACUCAGUUACGCAGACAUCAAAAACUUUCAAAUCACAUGGAAUAUGGUAGAUAUACACAGAAAGGGGGUGAUUCCGGUCAGCCGAGUCAAGUUUGUCCUGCGUCUGCUCAGAGGACGUCUAGAGGUGGAUAUGGAGAAAGACCAUCUUCUCUACAAGCAUAUGUGUUGUGAGAUCGAGAAGAUGCGGAACGGACAAGAUGUCACAUUUCAUGAUGUACUCAGCAUGCUGUCAUACCGGUCUGUAGACAUCAGGAAAUCUCUUCAGCUCGAUGAGUUAUUGGCCAGGGAGGAGCUUGAGUAUAACAUUGAAGAAGAGGUUGCCAAGGAGACGAUUAGGAACUGGCUCGACAAGUGUCUCAUUCGGAUGAGAGCUGUAAGUAAUGCCUGGAAAGAGAAAAGUCAUCAUCCAUCUUACAGCAAUCCAUUCUACGGUGGAGAGAAGCCAGAAAGACUGGUAGUUCCCCCUGCUUUCAUUACUACCCCUAGUCCGCCUAAAGAAGAUACUAACAAGAGCAAGGAGGAGACACCAGUCUUGGAUAACAUCGCUCCAAAUCCAGAAACCAAUAAGGAUUCAACCAAAAAAAAAUUGGCCUUUUCUCCAAAUGCUCAGACAAAGUCUGAGCACGGUGCUCCCAGUUCCCCGGGACACAAGCUGCUUGUACCGACGCUAUCUGAGGGUAACGUGAAGCCUGACGGUGAAGACAGUGCAAGCCUCAGACCUAGAAGAUCUAACAGGAGAUAUCAAACUGGUUCCACAUCAAGUUCCACCAGCGUGACACCCGUCAGCAGCACCUGCAGUGCCCCUGUGUAUCCUAGGAGUACUUCUGCUCCAACUGCUACAAAAGAAGUACAGGAUUGGUGGAAAGAACAGCUUCACUACGACAGUGGUUCGGAAGAAGACUAACAAACGUGUCAAGCUUUUCUCAAGAAAUAUUUGAUGAGUUUCAUUGCUUGCAUCAAAACAGACAAUUUGUAUACAGUAGGCUUGCGGAUCCACCAUGUGAGAGAGAGGGAGGAUUGAGGAGUCCUCAAAAC